GUCUAGGGUAAAAUUAUCAGUUAGAUUAUUAGAUAUUCAAGUAAAUAAUGCUGAAUUAUUAAGAGAGUAAGUGUAUUCAAAUUUCAAAACGUAAUUCGCCAUACGAUUGAAAUAUAUUUAACCUAACUCUGUCUGUAAUAUUGUUAAACAUGGGAGAAAGGUACAACAUUCAUAGCCAGCUCGAACAUCUACAAAGCAAAUAUAUCGGCACAGGACAUGCCGACACCACGAAGUAUGAAUGGCUGACAAAUCAACACCGAGACUCAUGCUGCAGUUAUAUGGGACAUCCAGAUUUAUUAAGCUACUUUGCUAUUGUUGAAAAUGAAUCAAAAGCACGCGUAAAGUUUAAUUUAAUGGAGAGAAUGUUACAACCUUGUGGACCACCACCAGAAAAACCAGAGGAUUAAAUGUUCCUUUUAAUUA